AUUUGUAAACUCUCUGCAGUAAGAAUAUGGCUUACAAGAUAGUCAGAGCUUCCAAUGGUGAUGCCUGGUUUGAAGUGAAUGGUCAGAUGUACUCACCAAGCCAAAUUGGUGCAUUUGUACUGAUGAAGAUGAAGGAGAYGGCUGAAAGUUACCUAGGGACUACAGUAACUAAUGCUGUAGUUACUGUACCAGCCUACUUCAAUGAUACCCAGAGACAGGCCACUAAAGAUGCUGGUCAAAUCGCUGGUCUAAAUGUUUUAAGAGUAAUUAAUGAACCAACGGCAGCAGCUCUGGCUUAUGGAAUGGACAAGACAGAAGAUAAAAUUAUUGCUGUGUACGAUCUUGGUGGUGGAACAUUUGAUAUCUCAAUCCUUGAAAUCCAGAAAGGUGUCUUUGAAGUCAAAGCAACUAAUGGCGACACGUACCUUGGUGGAGAGGACUUUGAUAAUACCCUCCUAACAUUCCUGAUCUCUGAGUUCAAGAAAGAGAGUGGAGUUGACCUUUCUAAAGACAGCAUGGCUCUUCAGAGGCUUAGAGAGGCUGCUGAAAAAGCUAAAAUAGAGUUGUCAUCCUCAGUACAGACAGAUAUUACCCUACCAUACAUAACCAUUGAUGCCAGUGGACCAAAACAUAUGAACCUGAAGCUCACAAGAGCCAAGUUUGAGUCUCUUGUUGGUGACUUGAUGAAUAGGACAGUAGGACCAUGUAAUAAAUGUCUACAAGAUGCCGAGAUCAGUAAGAGUGAUAUUGGAGAUGUGUUGUUGGUUGGAGGAAUGACCAGAAUGCCAAAGGUAUAUAUGUAUUAUAUACAUUAUUAACUAACUUACAGUAUG